CAAAGUAAAUCCAAGAUGGAGGGCGACGGUGAAAAACCACCUUCUCCGAAGCCGGAAAAUCCAGGAUCCCGUGACUCUCCGGCAUCUGGCUCAGGAAAUGAGGGCACUGGUCGUAAGUCACGCAAUUUAAAAGAGGCCACCUCACAUUUAAAGGAGGAGGCAAUGCGUAGAUACAGGUUACGUCAAGAGGCAAUGGCAUCAGACUCGGGUGGUGAGGGGACUCCCAUACCACCAGAAACUCGAAUACCAAAACCGCCAGAAGGGGAAAAACCGACCAGCAGAAGAAACAGUCCUCGACAGAGAACAGUUCAAUCAAGUGAGGAAGCAGGAAAGCAGAAUGAGAUUUCACAACCAGAAUUAAUUCACGAAAAGAGUGAUGCAUCUCUCCCUGUAUCUGUUGAUGAGAAGAUGGAAGAGAAUACGGAGCGCCUUGUAUCAAAUUCUGUAGAUCUUCAGGAAUGGGGGAGUUUGUCCAAUACUCCUGUACUUGAGAUGGAACAGAGCAACCUGAGUCAGGGGAAGGUUUCCCAUACACAAGUGAUCACGUCUACCUCGGUUGACCUUGACAAUAUCAGCAGCCAAAUCAUCACCACCAGAACAGAUGUGGAGCAGAUCGAAAGUCAAAUCAUUACUAGCAGUGAGAUUUCAGGUCUGGCCGAGUCGGAGAUUCAUCAUAUGGUGGAAAUGAUGGAGAAGAACCAGGGAGAAGGGUUGGAAAAGAUAACCAUCACUACAAAAGAAUUUGUUCAAGAUGAUCAAACUGUUCAAGAUAGUGAAAUCCAAGAAGAAAAGGACAGCAGGAUUCAGCAGAGCUUGGGAGUAGUCCAAAUGACUGCCCGCGAAAUGUCUCGAGAACCAUCUAUGGAGGAAGACAUGUUCAAGGAAAAUUUUGAGGUUGUCCACCAGUCAGAAAACAAUGCUGUAUUAUCACAAUUAUCUCGUGAAGGAACUUUGGUUGAGGAGCAGAUCGUACCCACACAAACAGGAAUACAAGACGCUGCUGUACAGGCAGGAGAAUCGGGAGAAGGGACCGAUGGAGAACAAAUACCUGAACCACCUCUAGUAGAGGCCCAGGGGCAGGAGGCAGAAAAGGCCCCAGAACAGGAGGCAGAAAAAGCCCCAGAACAGGAGGCAGAAAAAGCCCCAGAACAGGAGGCAGAAAAGGCCCCAGAACAGGAGGCAGAAAAAGCCCCAGAACAGGAGGCAGAAAAAGCCCCAGAACAGGAGGCAGAAAAAGCCCCAGAACAGGAGGCAGAAAAGGCCCCAGAACAAGAGGCAGAAAAGGCCCCAGAACAGGAGGCAGAAAAGACCCCUGAGCAGGAGACAGAAAAGGCCCCUGAGCAAGAGGCAGAAAAGGUCCCAGAACAGGAGGCAGAAAAAGCCCCCGAACAGGAAUCAGAAAAGGCCCCUGAGCAAGAGGCAGAAAAGGCCCCUGAGCAAGAGGCAGAAAAGGCCCCAGAACAAGCAGAAGAGGCACCAAAACAAACAACAGACGGAGAAAAGCUUGAAGAAAAUGUUAAAGUAGGUGAAAAGACAGAAGGAGAGGAAGGAAAAGAACAGACUCCUGGUGAGUCAGAGCAAGCACCUGAAGGUGAAAAGGCCCCAGAACAAGUGCAGGAAGGAGAAAAAGCCCCUGAACAGACACAGGAAGGAGAAAAGGCCCCUGAACAGGCACAGGAAGCUGAAAAGGCACCUGAACAGGCACAGGAAGCUGAAAAGGCCCCAGAACAAGCACAGGAAGGAGAAAAGGCCCCAGAGCAGGUACAGGAAGGAGAAAAGGCCCCAGAACAAGCACAGGAAGGAGAAAAGGCCCCAGAGCAGGUACAGGAAGGAGAAAAGGCCCCAGAACAGGCACAGGAAGGAGAAAAAGCCCCUGAACAGGCACAGGAAGGAGAAAAAGCCCCUGAACAGGCACAGGAAGGAGAGAAGGCCCCUGAACAAGCACAAGAAGCUGAAAAACCACAAGAAGAUGGCAGUGGUGAUAAACCUGUUGAGGGUGAAAAAGUUCAGGAACAGGAAGAAUCUGUUGCAAUGGACAAGCCAGGAGAUGAAACUGCCAAUGCUUCAAACAGUGAUGGGAAAGAAGAAACACAAGUGGAGGUGAAGGAGGAAGCAGAGGGUGAGAAAACACAAGAAGAAGAGGAAGAAAAAGGCAUUCCUUCCAACUUCUUCUAUGAACUGGACAAAAUGACAUCCAAGCCAAUGAUAACAGAAGACUCUGGUCUACCUGAGGACAUGCUGUCACUCCAAUAUUCUUUUGGUUACGACUGUACAAAAAGAGCUAACCUUCAUUUACUUGAUGAGAAAACUGUGAUAUUUGCUGCGGGAAACCUGGUUCAACUGGUGGACCUUCAGACUCGUGAACAUACGUAUCUACGUAGUACAAGUGGAGGUGGAGUUGGAGCCCUCGCGGUUCAUCCAAGCAGGAAGUACUUUGCUGUUGCUGAGAAAGGAAAUUCUCCUAACAUUAAUAUAUUUGAGUACCCCUCCCUGAAGUUGUACCGGAUCAUGAGGGGAGGAACAGAGAGGUCCUAUUCCUACGUCGACUUUAGCUCGGAUGGAGAACUGCUGGCUUCUCAGGGAGGUAACCCAGAUUUCAUGUUGACCGUGUGGCGAUGGCGAGAGGAAAUGACUGUCCUUAGGUCCAAGGCUUUCUCCCAAGAUGUUUUCCGUGCAACCUUUUCCACUGAGCUGGAAGGUCAACUGACCACUGCCGGAACAACCCAUAUAAGGUUCUGGAAAAUGGCUGACACUUUCACAGGUUUGAAACUUCAAGGAGCUCUUGGUAAGUUUGGCAAGACAGAGAUUUCUGACAUUGAAGGAUAUGUGGAGCUUCCAGAUGGGAAAGUGUUGUCCGGAUGUGAGUGGGGAAACAUGCUGUUAUGGGAAGGAGGCCUCAUCAAAGUGGAGAUUUGCUGCAAGGGGAGAAAACCCUGUCACAUUGGUAACAUCAUGCAGAUCCUAUUGGACGAAGGAGAGUUGAUGACUGUCGGAGAGGAUGGGUUCAUCAAGGUUUGGGACUUUGAGAGUGUUGACACAGCUGAUACCACAGAUGACACUGGAAUGUUUGAAAUGGAACCAAUGAACGAACUCCGAGUGGGUGAUGGUGUCAAAUUACAAUCCAUUAGUAAAUCUUUUGAUGCCGAGACUGAGAUGACGUUCUGGUACGCCCAGGAUGCUAAUGGAGGUAUCUGGAAGCUCGAUUUAUCAUUCUCCCAUACCUCCCUGGCCCCAGAGAAGAUGUUUACCUACCACGCCGGUGCCAUUCUCGGCUGUGAUACAUCGCCUGUCAGUCACAUAGUUGCUACUACAGGCCAGGAUCACACUGUCAGAGUAUUUGACUACCUGCAGCAGAAACAACUUUGUGAGAUGAAAUUUGCAUCAGGAGGUUCUGCCCUUCUCUGGGCCCCACAAGUUGUGGAUCCUAAGGGAGCUACAAUUCUGGCUGGAUUUAUGGAUGGCGUAGUGAGAGUUUUCAACAUCAGCCAACUGACUGACGAUUCCACUCGGAAACAUAAGAAUGACUGUGAUCUGGUUUUACAACAAGCCUUCAAACCUCAUUCAUCUGUUGUCAACAGUAUGGCCAUAAACAAAGCCGGGGACAUCCUCGCCACAGGGGGUGAAGAUGGAACAGUUUUCUUCCUCACCGUCGGAACAACAUACAACCCUAUUGGUUUUAUUAAUAUGCCAUCAGCCAUCAAAAAAGUCCAGUGGUCUCCGGAAAGUAAGGAUAUCAGGAGGGAGACACUUCUAGUGUUUUGUGACAAGGGCAAAGUUAUAGAGGUCGAGAGUCCAGAUGGCGCCACGUUUGAUACAUCACACACUUUCAAAAUAACAGGGCUUAAAACCCGAGAAUAUAACUUCAAGAGUGUCAAGUCCACUCUCAGGCAUGAGGAGGAGCUGGAGAGGAAGAAAAUAGAAGAAGAAGCGAGAAAGAAGAAAGAAGCUGAGGAAAGGAGAAAGCGGAUAGAGAGAGGAUUGGAAACAGAGUCAGAACAAGGAGAUGAAGGAGAAGAGGAAAAGCAGCCGGAGGAGGAAUGGACGCCAUAUAUACCAUCUGAUCCUAGUCCAAUCCUUGAAGGUUUCUACACUGAGGACGGCAGCUUCUGGCUCUCCAUGGGUGAUUUCGAUGCUGGUUACCUGUACAAGUGUAAGUUUAUGAGUCCUGAAGAGAAGUCUGGCCUGCCUGAGGAGUUGAUUGACCAGCCCAUUCAGUCUAUACCAGUGGUGGACAGUGAGGAUGUACCAAUUAACAUUAUCAAGUUCAGUUCUAAUGGGCGACAGGUGUUGAUGGGUAUGAGUGACGGUGCGGUGAGGAUCUAUAACCUAGAGACACCUUACGACAUAACAACCAUGGGGCCGUACUGGACGCUGACCAUGCAUGACAACAACUACGGACAUAUUACGGGACUCAAAUGUAGCUACGAUAACACCAUGAUAAUGACCGUGGGAGGGGACAGUAACUUCUUCCUCUACCAGUACAUGGGGCAGGAGGAGAUUGACAAGAAAACGGAGGAAAAUAAAGCCAAGAUUCCUUCUGCUAGGAAACGUGGAGACGAGAUCAUAGAUGAUAUUGAUGACCCCAAUGCCUACAGUAUUGAGGAUGCCAAACAGAAGGCAGAACAUGAUAAGAUGAUGAAACAGGCCGAGGAGAAGAAGAGGGACGUGAAACAAAGGAUUGCUCACCUCCGCCGACAGUUCAAGACUUUACUGGAACAGAAUGAGAACCUGCCUAAUCAUCUACAGCUUAGGAAAGAUGAAUUUGAGAUGGAUAGAGAAAUUAAAUUGGAGCUUCAGAGACAGAAGGCAGAGAGGAUAGCGAUCGUGAGGAAGGAGAAUGCGUGGGAGUCCGAGAAACACCGGAUAGCUUUGGAAAAAAUUCGCAAGAGGUUUAAGGAUGUGGUCGAGUGUGAACGUAUCGUGGUGAGGGCAUUCAACACUUCUCACGAAAUAGCAAGUUUCCGAGCAGCCAAACUGUCUGACGACUUCUACACACUAAAGGCCGAGUUUGAACGCCGCAGAACACAGACCAUGAUGAGGGAUGACCUCACUCGGGAUCCCACCCGUGACCUCAUGACAGGUCAGACUCGUCACACAGACGUGGGCGGUGAUGGAGAAAAGAAGGAUGACCAAUCAGGGCUCAAGGUCACCACAACCUUGAAAGGCAGUAUGGGUGAACGUAUCUCCAAGGCUCUACAGAAAGUGGAGGAGAAGAAAAAGAAGCGUGCUGCCAGAAAGGCUCAGUGGUCAGACCUGUUCAACACCAAGCCUGACGAUGACUACGAGGACCCCGCGGACGUGUCAGCCAUUAAGGAAGCCAAAGAUAACAUGGGUGACUACAAGCUGAAGACGGCUCAGGACUACGUCGUCCCCGACCACCUCAGGAUGAAUGUGGAGAAGGCUAGAGGUCGCCUGCUUAUCCUAAAGGACAUUAUUCACGAGCAAAAGUACCACUUUAACCUGCGGCUACUGAAACUUCGUGACAAGAAAUUACACGUGAUUGAGGUGAUCAAGGAGCUGAUCCAACAGCUAGAGAAUAUCCAGACACACCUGGCACCAGAAAAGUGCAAGUCUAUUCCCCCGAUCCCUCGCAUGUACCCCGUGGAAACACCGGAAAAGAAGCUUGAGUACACAAGGGAGACCCUGAUAGCCUUUAAGAGGGAGAAAGAAGAAGCUGCAGCUGCUGCAAAGGGAGGAGGAUCAGGAGGGUUUGGUGGUUUUGGAGGAGGCUCUGAUGAUAAAAAGGGUGGAAGACCGUCCCCAACCCCCGGGCAGAAGCAUGGCACUGUGUCCAGUGUUGUCAGCAAAGUCAGUGUAGAGGCCACUGAGGAUGGAGUCGAGUUAUCUCCCCUUGAAGAGCAAAUGAAGGUUGCAGAGGAAAUCAUGAUGCUUUACAAUCAGGAUCAUCUGUUGAAGAAAAUUGAAGAGCUUCUGAGGGACUUUGAUGCUGAGCUCCGACUUCUCCGACACGACAAGUUCAAGCUGGACAUUGUCAUGAAGAAUGCUGAUCUGAGACAAGUGACCUUGUUUGAGGAGUUUGUUUUGCUGAAGGAGUUUGAGAAGAGAGAGGAUGUUCUGGCAGCAAAGGUUACAUCUAAACAACAGGAGAAACUAGAUAUGCAGCAUAAGAUCAUCGACGUCCAGGCCAAGCUGGAAGCGAAGAAGAAGGAGAUUGAGAAAUUGCUGGAGAGAGAGCGCUCACUUAAUACCACCUUCCAGGGAUCCCUUGGUGACAACAACAAGUUUUCCGACUACCUCUCCAAAGUCUUCAAGAAAAAGAUUAAGCGUGCCAAGAAGAAGACAACAGAUGAAGGAUCUGAUGAUGACAGCGAUGAAGACUCAAGUGAUGAUGAUGAUUGGGAUGAGGAUGAGGAUGAAGAUGAUGAGGAGGCAAUGGGAUAUGACCUUGACAUCUGUCCAUCCGGCUGUGACCAGAACCUCUACGACAACACAUGUCAGCUGCGUGAGAAACGUCUAGACAUUGAGGAAGCGUUGACAGAGGAAAAGAAAAAUAAUGAGGCCCUUAAGAAGGAGCUUGACAGUUUUAACAAGAAGGCCAAGGUCAUUGAUGCAGGACUGAAAACUGCUGCCAACGACCUUGAGGCAUUCCAGCUGGAGAAACAACAGAAGCUGAACGAACUGGAUGUGAUUGUGACGCUGAAGCUUCAUCAGAUCCAAUACAUGAUGAACGGACAGCUCCCUCAGGACUUGUCUCAGACUCUUGUGUUCGAGUCCAAUGGUGUUGUACGGCUUCAACAACGGAUCAAGGAGCUGGAGCAUGAGAAACAUGCACAGAAGAAACACAUGAGAGAGUCAAAGCGUAAGCACGUACAACUGAUCAAGGACAGGAAAGUGUUUGACAGUAAGAUUGGUGAGUUGGAGGGCGAGUGUGAUAAGUUGAUGAUUGACAAGUUUGGUUGUAUCGUGGACCUGGAGAAACUAGAGACCAUCACUGUUAACCGACAGAUCGAGGAACUGAAGGAGAAGCUACGAAUUACAGAGAUACAGUGUUCUGAGGAGCUCGAGGAAUGGAACGAGAAGAUUGCAGAAAGGAAGGAUAGAAUCACCUACCUGAUCAGGGACAACACCAGAAGAUUAGACCAGCUGUGUGUUUUACUUAAUGAUAAAAAGGAUUACGAGUCAUCGCUGGAUACCAGACAGGAGAGUUCUGGUGAGGAGUAUAGUGGUGCUCGGAAGGCAGACAUUCGUGAGAAACAACGUCUGAUUCAACUUGUCCAGCUGCAGGCCCAGGAAAUUGAUGCUCUAAAGGAAGAGAUUAUGUUAUUGUCAAGGAAAGGUGGACACAUUCUGCCUCCUGCUCAACCCCCGCUACCGCAAAGUCCGCAGAACGUUCGAGCAAUCAGUAACUAGGCCUGGUUCUGAUAAUUGUGCUGUGUUACCUUGUUGGGGAAAAAAAACCAAUUUAAGAAGAAGAAUUAUCACCUAAAAUACUGAAAUCAAUGAAUAUUUUAUGCACUUUGUUAUGGAUUUAGUAGCUAAACAUAGGCAAGAAAAUAAAAAUUUUCUCUAGAAAAUGGAAUUUUUAAUUAGAAAAUAACCUGAAACAGUCAAAAGGACACAAAUUCAUUGUGAUAAUUAAAUUACAGAAGUUUUAUAUUUGAGUAAUAUCUAUUCAAGAUUUUACUCUGGAUGGAGCUUAUUGACUGAUUUUUCUUGUAUCAAAUCCGUCCCAUUCUAUGUUUUGGAUUUAUUUCUGAAUCAUACACACACAUUCUGUUAAUUAAAUAUAUACUUACAUUAAAGUAAACUCCAGUUAAGAUUUAAUAAAUAAUAGUCUUCACUGAUUACACAUAUCACUGGCUUGGAAAGUUUCAUUGAACUCAUCUCAUGUAUGAAAGUCAUUACCUUUGUGAUAAUACAUAUUAUAUGGAAAACGAAAGUUGAAUUAUUUUUAGCAUUCCAAUUUGACUGUGAUAUCUAGAUUAUGUACUGUUGGUACCAUACAUAUAUGUUUCUUUUAUGUAUAUGUCUAUCACCUGCAGUUUAUUUAUGAUAUAUUUUAUGAUUGUGCUUAAAUAUGUAAAAUAAAGAUGAAAUAUACUAGA